GGAGAGUGGUUGGAUCAGCACUUCUCAAUCACCGUAACCGCCUCAAUUACCCAAACUAAUCGGUCACCGCAAAAAUCUCAGACGACCACCGGUCUCUGUAGCUCUUUCUCAACCGCAUACCUCCGCCGCCACAACCGGGAGUAACCGCGCUCCACACGUGCCAGUGACGCGACGGUUUCUGGUGUGAAGUUGAAGAGAUGGCGGAUGAUCGAAUUUUUGUGCCCUUAUCCUUAGUCUCGCGGCUGGCCCUCGCGUUCGACGGUGCUAUUUUAGGCGUGGUCCUAGCAUGCUCUGCCGUUCGUGCUCUCCUUAAGCAUAGGUCUGCCUCCUCUGCCCUCAGUAAAAUCCAGAGCGCCCCAUCCAUUAGCAUCGGCGACCUUCGCAGCAUCAUCAGUGCUGAGCAAUCUGAGUCGUCCGAAGAGCCCCUCGUGGUUGUACGCGGAACCGUUGGCGUCAAACCAGUUGUGGAGGGCGGGAGCUGGAGGAGUCUUAAACCUCAUGUUCUAGUCUCGCAAGAGUCUAGGGACAAAGCUGUGAUUAUACAGAGUAUGCAAACAUGUAUAUACAGUGAAUGGAAGGGCUUCUUUGGAUGGUCUUGUGAUGUACGUGCUAUGCUUGGAGAAUCUUUGAAUAAACAAGGUUCAACUUCACUGAGAAUGGUUCCUUUCAUUCUUGUUGAAGGUGAUCAGUGGCUCAAUGUGAACUUGGUUGGCUCCAAACAUCCCCUACCUCUUACUACAGUGUAUCACCAUGUGCACCCUAUCAGUGCAUCUCGUUAUACAUUUCUUCAGGCAUUGUUUGGUCAUGAAUAUCCUGUUGGGCUGCUUGAUGAAGAGAAAAUUCUUCCAUUAGGAAAGGAAAUCAGUGCUGUAGGCAUCUGUAGUUUCAAUGAUGGAGUAACUGAAAUCAAGUCAUGCAAGGAGCUUCCCUAUUUUCUCUCUGAAUUGACUAAGGAUCAGAUGGUAUUAGAUCUUGCAGUCGGUACAAAGACACUGUUGUGGAGUGGAGUUGUACUUGGUUUAAUUUCUAUUGGUAUACUUGGCUAUGCUGUUGUGAGGAACUGGAACAAAUGGAAACAAUGGAGGCAACAAAGUCAAAGACAGCUUCCACAACCAAGUUAUGAUGCUUAUGAUGAUGAUUUGGAAUAUUUGGAGGAGACAGAAGUUAUGGACAAUGAGCUGUGUGUAAUUUGCUUGAUGAGAAGAAGAAGAUCUGCAUUCACCCCCUGCGGUCAUCUUGUGUGUUGUCCACGCUGUGCCCAACUAGUAGAAAGUGCAAGCCAUGCAAAAUGCCCUGUUUGCUGCCAAAAAAUUCGAAGUUCAUUGCGAAUUUAUGGUUGAGGUGAAAAACUAUUACAGCCUUUCUAAAUGUGCAUUUAACCUGUUAUGGUUUCCUUUCCCUUUGUCUUUUUCUAGAUUUAAAAGGGCUGCAUUUUGAAUGGGGCUCUGAUUUGUUUUGUCAGCACGGGGUCUGCUGGUAGUUAAGGCAUGGAAAUGGAAUGGACUGGAUCCCGCACUGCCAGAUUCAUUAGUUUUCCUUUUUCUUCCUCAAGAAUGCAUAUUAUACAUUGUUAAUAUGUCCAGGUAGGAUUUUAGGAUGUAGCUCAUUCUGAAGUAAAUAAUAUUGUAGGUUCCCUAUAUUUUCCUGCAAAGCUUUAAUAUGCUAUAACCCCUACUAGUUAAAGCAUCAUGCUUUCUACCUUAUGAGCCAUGAAAGAACCUUUGAUUCUUGUAACAGUUGGGUAAUGCUUGGUUCAUGGUAUGGCUAUUUGAUGGUUAUUUCCUCCUGGGUAAUAACCAUUUAUACCUUUUUCUUUGUAUUGAAUAACCAUUUCUAUUUUAUACCAUGCCAUACUCUUGAUCUGUAUAUUUUAUUUGCAUGCAACAAUUCUGAAACCAUGACUGAAAUUGAAAUAGCUU